AUGAGGUGUUUUGUGAGGAAUUUGACUAGAGAAAGAGAAAAAAGAAAGGCAGGGUUCUUCCGGCAGCUGCCAGAAAAACAAAUUGGAGAAGAAGAUGAACAGUGCACGAGGGAUUUGGAGGCUCAACAUCCUCCUUUCCCGCGGCUGUGCAGUGGGAGCUUCUACUCUUGGUUUGCUGUUUUCUCUUCUUUCCUUUCCUCCGUUUUAACCAAAUCUGACGAAAGAAAGGCAGUGAAGAUGCAUACUGGUCCAAGGGAUGUUUCUGACAGCAUGCGGGAUAGUACUCAUUGA